AGUGUGCACUUGUUGGCAGAGUCUCGACGUUGCGGUGCAGGUUUCGCUGGUGCACAGGCCGGGGGCCCAGUGCUGCUGCAGGUUGUCCGGUAGGGUGCCUGCCGAGCUGCAAGCACGCUGUUGAUGUCAGGAGAGGAGGGGGGAACGCGAGGAAUGGCUGAAAACUGACGGUGCUCUCCUGCAAAGGAAACAAACCAGGACGCAAAUGAUCGUCCGGCAUGUUUAGUUGAAGCUUUCGCUGCCACGGGGCUAGCUCAUUAGCGACACUUUACCAGAUACCGCUAGGUUUGGUGUUCUUUUUUUUCUUUUUUAAUUGGGUUAUUUAAUGGGACAGCGAAAACGUAAAAAAACGCAAGGUAGGCUGCCGCUGUUGUCGCCACUUUAUUUUCAUGGACUAAUACGACAAGCAGGUUUGAGAAAUGCUCCUCAGCAAGGUAACUUGCUGGUCUCCGGUGGGGUUUUAAGCUAGCUAAACGCUCGCUCGCGCAUUUUUUCUGAUCAGGCUCGUGAAUGUAUGAAGUGUUCGGACGUUACAUUUUGUUUUGAACUGCGGCGGUUAGGCUACAUCUCUUCAUGCCUCAACCGUCCGACCACAUGAGAAGUCGACGUCUGGAGUAGAAGAAACCGCAAACAAAAGGCUCGUCUUUUCACCGCUUUCACCUGAACCGACGCGGAGAAAAUGCGUGUGGAUUUGUUUUGGAUGUGUUUGUGGUGUUUCCUUCGCCCCGUUGCCUCCGGUCAAGGGCAGUCAGCGGCCGUUUGCUCGCCUUCGUGCAGCUGCGAUGAAGAUGGGGGUGCAGACUGCUCGGGGAGAGGGCUAACCGCCGUCCCAACUGGCCUCAGUACUUUCACCUACUACCUUGACCUGAGCAUGAACAACAUCACAGAGCUUCCAGCAUUCGUAUUCAAGAACUUCCCUUAUCUUGAGGAACUACGACUUGCAGGGAAUGACCUGACAUCCAUCCACCCUGAUGCCCUGUCUGGACUCCAUCAGCUCAAAGUCCUGAUGCUCCAGAAUAAUCAGCUUAAAUCUGUACCCAGUGCUGCGCUGAAGAGCCUCCACUCUCUUCAGUCUCUUCGACUGGAUGCGAACCACAUUGCAACGGUUCCAGAUGAGAGUUUUGAAGGCCUUCAGCAACUCCGUCACCUCUGGCUGGAUGACAACCACCUGACUGAAGUCCCAGUUGGUUCUUUGAGACACCAGGCUAACCUCCAGGCCCUGACGCUGGCACUCAAUCGCAUCAUGUACAUACCUGACAACUCCUUUGCAAACCUCACCAGCCUUGUUGUACUGCAUCUGCAUAACAACAGAAUAAAGGAGAUCGGAGACCACAGUUUUUCUGGACUGGCCAACCUGGAGACGCUAGAUCUUAACUUCAACAACCUGAUGGCGUUUCCCAAAGCUAUAGAGGCCUUGCCCAAACUGAAGGAACUCGGGUUUCACAGUAACGACAUUGCGUCCAUACCUGAAGGAGCCUUCCACAACAACCCUCUGCUACGCACCAUACAUCUUUAUGACAACCCUCUGUCGUAUGUGGGGGCCUCAGCCUUCCAGAAUCUGUCUGACCUGCACUCUCUAAUGUUGCGAGGUGCCAGUAUGAUGCAGGACUUUCCCAUCCUGACAUGGACAAACAACCUUGAGAGUCUGACCCUGUCAGGAACUGGGAUAUCAUCAAUACCUGUAGAUUUUUGUGAGGAUCUCAAGUUGCUUCGGACGCUUGACCUUUCCUACAACGAGAUAAAGCAGUUACCAUCCCUCCAGGGCUGCAUCCGGCUUCAGGAGAUAAGUUUUCAGCACAACCAGAUCCAGCAGAUCGAUGGAGACACUUUUCAGGGGUUAUCUGCUCUCCGUUUGCUAGACCUGAGCAGGAAUGAAAUCCGAGUUAUCCACAGAGAUGCUUUCCUCACCCUCACUGAACUCACCAACUUAGAUCUCAGUAUGAACUCUCUGACUGCUAUUCCAACAACUGGACUGAAUGCCGUCAGCCAGCUGAAACUUUCCGGGAACCCACAGAUGAAAAGCGCGCUGAGUGCCAAAAACCUUCCAAAACUCCGAUCCAUCUCUGUUCCUUACGCCUACCAGUGCUGCGCAUUCGUUGGAUGUGACUCAGUGACUGAAAAGGCUGACAUGAAGAAGGCUACAGGUGGGGACGAUGGGAACCGGAUCUCAAUGAUAAUGCAUUGCUCUCCUACACCAGGAGCCUUUAAGCCAUGUGAGCAUCUCCUGGGCAACUGGAUGAUCCGUCUGACCGUGUGGUUCAUCUGCCUGGUGUCGCUGGUCUUCAACAGCCUGGUGUUGGUGGUCACCUUUGCCCCCGUUCAUUCAGCGGCCCGCCAUUCCCACUACCCGACGCCGUCCCUGUCCCCGGCCAGGCGGCUGAUUGGGCUCCUGGCCCUGGCCAACCUGCUGACGGGCGUGUACGUCGGCGUGCUGACGGUGCUCGACGCCGCCACCUGGGGCUCCUUCGCUGACUACGGCGUGUGGUGGGAGAUGGGCCCCGGCUGCCAGGCCACCGGCGCUCUGGCCGUCUUCUCCUCCGAGUGGUCGGUGUUGCUGCUGUCGCUGGCGGCCGUGGAGCGCAGCGUGGCCGUGAGGAGCAUUCUCGGGAAGGCCAUAAUGUCCCCCAGGAGGAGCAGCGGCCGCCGCAGGUGCCUGAGAGGAGACGGGCGCUUCAGCCUGGCCGCGGGGCUGCUGGGACUGCUGGCCGCUGCCGGGGCCUGCCUGCCGCUCCUGACCGCAGGGGACCAGUCCUCGUCGCCCCUCUGCCUCCCGUUUGCCGGCAGGGAGAGUCCCACCCUCACGGUGAUUCUGGUGCUGCUGAAUGCCCUGGCGUACCUGUUCACCGCGGCUGUGUACACCCAGCUGUACUGCCGCCUGGGCAGGGUGGAGCUCGCUGACCCGGAGCAGACGGGGGCUCUGCGACACGUAGCCUGGCUCAUUUUCACCAACUGCAUCUUCUUCUGCCCCGUGGCGGCGUUCUCCUUCGCCCCUCUCCUCACGGGCUCCACAGCCGGCGGCCCGGAGAUCGCCAAGUCCGUGACCCUCAUUUUCUUCCCGCUGCCCGCGUGCCUGAACCCUGUGCUGUACGUGUUCUUCAGCCCGGCCUUCAGAGAGGACUGGUUGAGGCUGCGUGGCUGCGUAGGCUUGACCAGGGACGCGAAGGCCGGCGCCGAGGGCCGCUGCGACGACGGGGGCGGGGGGUCGGAGCUCACAGACAGCGGCUCCUCCGCUCAUCUGGGCUUUGACUGUGGCGUGUACUCGCAGCUCUGUGGAGAGCCAGUAGUGUGUGAGCAGUGUGAGGCAGCGCUGCAUGCCAGGACCUGCUCCCCCCCCUCGCCCACCACAGUGUGCAGACAUUUGGUGAAGUCUCACAGCUGUCCCACCCUCCUGGAGGGAGUGGCCAUGUGUCCGCGGUCCGAGGGGUUUUGGGCCGACAGCAGGACGCCGUCGGCUCAGUCCGAGUACGCGGACGAGGGCGACUCCUUUGUGUCAGACAGUUCGGACCAGGUUCAGGCCUGUGGCAGAGCCUGCUUCUGCCAGAGCAGAGGCCUUCCUCUUGUACACUACUCAUACAACAUACCUCGUGUCAAGGACUAAAGACACACAUCUCUCCGUCAUGUGAAUUUACCUUUUUUUCAUAUCAAAUCAGACAACGUGCCAACUACCCUGCAAAUCAUGGAGCACUUACACAUGUACUGACUGUUUUAACAGUGAUGCAGCCAAUCAGUUAAAGGGAAUUUGGCUUUUUAAUCUGAGAGACCAGCUCUUCAGUGAAAUGAACUGAGAACAUCCUGUUACAAACUGCUUUGACAAAGGAUCUUGCAAAGGAAAAAUCUUGCCACCGGUGCCUGCCUGCCUCUUGAUUUCAGCUGAAUUGAUGAUGGUGAUGUUGAUGAAUGCCUAAAUGUGUCAAGAUUUUAUUUCAUUGUUGUGCUUACUCAUAAGCCUGUGUGUGUAUGUGUGUGUGUCUGUAUGUAUACUGUAGCAAAUGUAAUAAUCACAGUAGACAUUUUUAUAUGAAUGAAAGGUUUCAGGUGGUUCCCAAUAGUGUCAAAUAUGUAUUAUCUUUUACCCAACCUGCACGUUAACCCAACUCAGUUUGGGAACGGCAACUGUCAGUUUAUUUAAAAACAAAAAACACAAAAAAUCUUCUUUGCUCUAAGUUACUAAGACUAAGAAUGUGAUAAAAGUAGCAGAUGUCACUGUUUUAGCAACAAACUGUGCUGGUUAUGACAGAUUUAUUUAUUGUGUGAACACGAGUGUUCAGGAGGAGACUAAGUCAGGAGCCUCUUAAUGAUAAGUACACAAGACAAUACACACGAGCAUUCACCAAAAUAACACCUCUGUUUUAUUGUAUGAAGUCAGACAAGAACACACACGCCGGUUCAGGUUGCUCCUUUCCGUCUGUUUGAGAACUCGGGCCUCCAUUGUUUCGUCUUUGCUUUUUCUGCCACGUUUGGAUUUGGAUCGGAUUUCUCGGUCUACCUGUUCUGUUUAUCUCAGCUCAAAGGUUUCUGCGUAGUCGUGUUUAAAUAAUUUUAUCUUACAAGCCCAAGGCUCAGCAAUCCGUUUGUAGAAUAUGGAGCACUGCCGUAAACGACGGAUGCAAAUUAAGUCAAAUGGCCAAAAGCUGAUGUGCUGCCGGCAGCUGGACGGUCAAGAUCAGGACAGAGAUGCUAAAUCACUAAGCUGCUGAAUCUUUUUGGGUCUGAAGCAUACAUAGAGCAUACAGCAAAAAAAAGGAAUGGAAGAUCUAAUAUCUGCUGUUUUCUUCCACCUCAUUAGGACAGAGGCCGGUCUGCAUCCCAGAUUAUUUUUAAAUUAAAUCAUAAAUUAAAUAUUUUUGGCUCAUGUAACGACCCAAACUCAUGUGAAACACGCAAAUGCAUCCCACUUUCCUCUCACAGGAAGACUCCGCUGCCCGCCGAGUCCAAACGACGGCGUGCGAGUGGUGCCAAAAAGCACAGAACCAGGAGGACUGAAACG